UCACAUGAUGAGCGUUCGCGGCGGAGGCGCCCGGGCGUCAGUCGGAGUUACUCCAUUAUGAAAGUGGCGGCUUCCACGGGCCUGGCACUCCGUACCACCUGGGACUCUCCAGCGCCGUCCGCCCGCGCACCACGUCGAUGGCUCAAGGCCACGCGGAGCCACCUCUGCAGCCUCACCCAUGAAGAGAAUGUUCCAGUUCCCCUUGCAGACUGAGCUCGAAGAGUCCCAAAAAUCCUGGAUAGAGAAUACUUUUACCAAGAGAGAAUGUGUUUAUAUAAUUCCAAGCUCAAAAGACCCACACAGAUGUCUUCCCGGAUGUCAGAUAUGUCAGCAGUUGGUCAGGUGUUGCUGUGGUCGACUGGUCCGGCAACAUCUUGGCUUCACUGCAAGUCUGGCAAUGAAAUAUUCCGAAGUAAAAUUGGGUGAGACUACAAAUUUGGAGAAAGAGGAAUGGUCAGUGGAGAAACACACAAAUGAGAGCCCAACAGAUGCUUAUGGGGUUAUUAAUUUUCAGGGAGGCUCACAUUCUUACAGGGCCAAGUUUGUGCGGUUAUCCUAUGACAGUAAACCUGAAGCUGUUUUAAGACUGAUGCUGAAGGAGUGGCAGAUGGAGCUGCCUAAGCUCGUUAUAUCUGUGCAUGGAGGGAUGCAGAACUUUGAACUCCAUCCACGCAUUAAGCAAGUUGUUGGAAAAGGCUUGAUCAAGGCAGCAGUGACCACAGGAGCUUGGAUUCUAACUGGAGGAGUGAAUGCAGGUGUUGUGAAACAUGUGGGUGAUGCACUGAAAGAACAUAUCUCGCGUUCCUCUCGGAAGAUUUGUACAAUUGGGAUAGCCCCUUGGGGUGUUAUUGAAAAUAGGAAUGACCUCGUUGGAAGAGAUGUUGUUGUCCCGUACCAGACCUUACUGAACCCUCUGAGUAAGCUGAAUGUUCUAAACAGUCUGCAUUCCCAUUUCAUUCUGGUGGAUGAUGGCACAGUCGGCAAGUAUGGUGCUGAAGUCAGACUUCGGAGAGAACUGGAGAAACACAUCAACCUCCAAAAGAUUCAUGCAAGAAUAGGCCAAGGUGUACCAGUAGUUGCUUUGAUAUUUGAGGGUGGUCCUAACGUGAUACCCACAGUGCUGGAAUACCUUCAAGAGACGCCCCCAGUACCGGUGGUUGUAUGUGAAGGGACUGGGCGAGCUGCAGACCUCCUGGCCUACGUACACAAGCAAACUGAGGAAGGAGGAAUGCUUCCUGAUGGGUUGGAAUUGGAAAUUCUCACCACAAUCAAAAAGACCUUCAACUUCAGCCAAAAUGAGGCGUACCAUUUAUUCCAGACUCUGAUGGAAUGUAUGAAGGCUAGAGAACUUAUCACGGUAUAUCACAUUGGGGCAGAGGAGCACCAGGACAUAGAUGUUGCCAUUCUGACAGCUUUGUUAAAGGGUACCAAUUCUUCUGCAUUUGAUCAAUUGAUCUUAACUCUGGCCUGGGACAGAGUGGACAUUGCCAAGAAUCAUGCAUUUGUUUAUGGGCAGCAAUGGCUGGUUGGAUCACUUGAACAAGCAAUGUUGGAUGCUCUUGUAAUGGAUAGAGUCGAAUUUGUAAAACUUCUCAUUGAAAAUGGAGUCAGCAUGCACAAGUUCCUUACAAUCCCGAGACUUGAAGAGCUAUACAAUACAAAACAGGGGCCAACGAAUCCAACGCUGCUUCAUCUAGUGAGAGAUGUUAAACAGGGGAACCUUCCUACAGAUUAUAAAAUCAGCUUGAUCGAUGUAGGACUCGUCAUUGAAUAUCUUAUGGGUGGAACAUAUCGAUGUACAUACACAAGGAAACGUUUCAGAAUUAUCUACAACAAUCUUCAUGGCCACACCAGGCGAUCUGGUCGCCAUUCAUCUAGUAUACCUCAGUUGCGCAAACACCAGGAAUCAUUGACAAAUCGAGCAGAUAAAAAAGAGAAGACGCGACAUAAUCAUUUCAUUAAGACUGCACAGCCUUAUAAGCCUAAGCCUGAAUCCACUGUUGAUCAGGGAAAGAAGAAGAGAACCAAAGAUGAAAUUGUGGACAUUGAUGACCCUGAAACCAGAUGUUUUCCCUAUCCUUUCAAUGAACUGCUGGUGUGGGCUGUACUAAUGAAGAGGCAGAAGAUGGCUAUGUUCUUUUGGCAGCACGGAGAAGAGUCAAUGGCCAAGGCUUUAGUUGCUUGCAAGCUAAACCGAUCCAUGUCUUGUGAAGCAAAGCAGAGUGAUGUUGUUGAUGAUACUUCUGAAGAACUGAAGCAAUCUUCUAGUGAAUUUGGACAAUUAGCUGUUGAUUUACUGGAUCAGUCGUUCAGACAAGAUGAAACUAUGGCCAUGAAGUUGCUGACGUAUGAACUGAAGAAUUGGAGCAAUUCGACCUGCCUCAAGUUAGCUGUCCACUCAAGACUGCGACCGUUUGUAGCCCACACCUGUACUCAGAUGCUGCUGUCAGAUAUGUGGAUGGGAAGAUUAAAUAUGAGAAAAAAUUCAUGGUACAAGGUUAUUCUCAGUAUUCUAUUCCCACCUGUUAUUCUCAUGCUGGAGUUUAAAACCAAGGCUGAAAUGUCUCACAUUCCUCAAACAGAGGAUGCACAUCAAAUGAACAUGGAAGACAGUGAACACAACUUUCAGAGUCCAACUGAUCAAAUAUCCAUGGAAGUAUUUAAAGAAGAAGGAAUCUGUGACCAUGAAAUGAAACAUGAAGAUGCAAAUUUGACUAAACCAAGGAGGUUGCCUGUCACAAGAAAGUUCUAUGCCUUCUACCAUGCACCAAUUGCAAAGUUUUGGUUUAAUACAUUGGCUUAUUUGGGAUUCCUUAUGCUGUACACAUAUGUUGUUCUGGUACGAAUGCAAGAAUUACCCUCAGUGCAAGAGUGGAUUGUAAUUUCCUUCAUUUUUACCUUGGCCAUAGAGAAAAUUAGAGAGCUCUUCAUGUCAGAAGCUGGAAAGAUAAGUCAGAAGAUCAAAGUCUAUUUCAGUGACUAUUUCAACAUCACCGACACACUUGCAAUUGUUUUGUUUUUUGUUGGUUUUGGACUGAGGUUUGGAAGUGGGCAAGUGAGGAAUGCCGGGAGAACAAUGUAUUGCCUCAAUAUUAUAUUCUGGUAUGUGCGACUACUGGAUUUCCUGGCAGUCAAUCAGCACGCGGGCCCCUACGUCACCAUGAUAGGCAAAAUGGUGGCAAACAUGUUUUAUAUUGUGGUAAUUAUGGCAGUAGUCUUACUGAGCUUUGGAGUUCCAAGGAAAGCAAUCCUUUACCCAAAUGAAUCUCCAUCCUGGGAACUAGCAAAAGAUAUUGUCUUUCAACCUUACUGGAUGAUUUAUGGUGAAGUAUAUGCAUAUGAAAUCGAUCCCUGUGCCAAUAAUACUGAAGAAGGUGCAAAGCAACGUUGUGUCAUUGGAUAUUGGAUAACACCAUUUUUACAAGCAGUCUACCUCUUCGUACAGUAUAUCCUCAUGGUGAAUCUCCUCAUUGCAUUUUUCAACAAUGUGUAUUUCCAAGUGAAGGCCAUUUCAAACAUUGUGUGGAAAUACCAGCGGUACCACUUUAUCAUGGCAUAUCAUGAAAAGCCAGUGCUACCACCACCUCUCAUUCUCCUCAGCCACUUUGCUUUGUUAAUCUCUCACCUUUGUCGACAAGGAAGGAAACGUGACCGAGGUCAAGGCAGACCAAAACUGUUUGUCAGUGAGGAUGAUCAGAAGAAGUUGCAUGACUUUGAAGAACAAUGUGUGGAUAAGUACUUCCAUGAGAAAGAGGAUAGAUUUCAUUCAGGGAGUGAGGAACGAAUCCGAGUGACUUCUGAAAGAGUUGAAAAUAUGUCCAUCCAAUUAAAAGAAGUAGGUGACCGAGUAAAUUAUAUAAAGCGUUCGUUGCAAACCUUGGACAGUCAGAUUGGCCAUUUGCAGGACCUUUCAGCCCUGACAGUGGAUACAUUGAAAGCACUGACUGCUCAAAAAGCUUCUGAGGCCACAGAGGUGCACAACGAGAUUACUCGUGAGCUCAGCAUUUCAAAAAAUCUGGGAGAGAACGCUUCUGAUGUUCCGUUAAAAACCUCAUUGAAAAAACACAGCAUUGGAAGAUACUUUGGCUCUUCUUUUCCUCAGCGAGGCAUGAACACUGGCAAUUCUGUCUGUGUGGACGGUUUCAUUCAGGAAUAUAUCAACCCUUCCCAAAAGGAGGUGUUGAGCAGAAAGUUUGGUCAGGAAUUGCUUUCAGGUUCCCAGCAGAAUGAACAGAACAUUCGCGAGGCUGGAUCCUCCAGCUGUGCCUUACUACCCAAAGCAGCAGCGUCCUCCGAACUUCGGCAUCGGAGCCACAUUGGCCUUGGGAAAACUCAGUCUUUGACCAGUGACCUGAAGCCAGGACAGUCGUUCCAUAGCAUACCAAAUCUCUCCUCCCCGUCUGCCAAGUUUUUUGUUAGUACUCCAUCUCAGCCAAGUGGCUCAAGCCAAUUGGAGCUUGUGCCUAAUUCGGUCGAUUCAGUUAAAACUGAUGUAGAUGCUGACGGGAGUUCUGUUGAAUUUGGGGCUUUUGUUGGUAAGUAUAGAGAAGUUGUUUGUGCUUUACCUGAAGAGAUGUGCUGCUGUCCUUGUCAUCCUGCUUGCAGCUUCUGUUGCCACACUCCCACCACAGCUUGCUUUGAAAUGGAAGGAUAUUUCAAUCACGCCUUCAUUGAUACUGAGAGUAGCACUGAUACUGGUAGCAGCCAUGACCGAAGCACCAAAUACAACCCAAGGGCCAAGCAUGACUUUGACAACCAGUUUCAAACAAAAGGACCUCUGCCAGCAGGCGAAUUAACUACAGCCACCAUAUCCAGUAACGAAACCUGUGAAAGAAUCAGAAAAGGGCAAAGGGAUUUGGACGAUUGCUUCAUGCAGGCUAUCGAAUUGCGAAAUCAACAUAUCAGUAUUGGGAACAGUACAGGACUUCUGAGUGACCUGUGGAACAAAACCCAAUGUAGAGGCCACAAAGACUUAUUGGAGUUGCCAAAGUUGGGAACAGGAGCAGCGAUAAAGUUGAAGGAGCAGAAGUCAAUGGCAGGACCCGUUCAUGAUUUGGGUGCCCACCACGGUGACUAUCAUCUGAGAGCAGUGAAUUCUUAUACUGGAUUUGCGGAGCUUCAUGGCAGUCUGUUAACUUCUAAUGCACCUGCUCAAGCAUUCUCUUUACAAGCUCGAGGUGGUAAAGACCGGAUCAGGGCCUCUGCUGAAGAUGUAUCAUUCUUCCGGGAGGAUUCGAAAGCUUCUGUCAUGAGUCGUCUGGAAGACAAACCUGUUGCAAGCAGCUGUCAAAUGGCUGCUGGUGAGGAUGCCUUAACUGCACAACACUUUUACAAUGCUCAUCCAUCUCACGUAAGGCAAAGGAAAAUGGGAGUGAUUGGUUCGCCUUUUAAACCUGCACUGGAUGUAAAUUACUUCUAUUCAGCGGUUGAGAGGAAUAAUUUGAUGCGACUUUCUCAGAGCAUUCCUUUUACUCCUCUUCCAAACAGGGGUGAACCUGUGACAAUAUAUCGGCUUGAAGAGAGCUCACCAGCCAGUCUGAACAACAGUAUGUCCUCCUGGUCACAACAGGGCCGAUGUGCCAAGAUUGAGUUCUUAAGUAAAGAAGAAAUGGGGGGAGGAUUGAGACGAGCUUUGAAAGUGGAGUGUACCUGGUCUGAGUUUGAUAUACUGAAACCAGGUCAGCUGUAUAUUGUGAAAUCUUUUCUUCCUGAAGUAAUAAACACAUGGAAGAGGAUCUACAAGGAAGAUACUGUACUACAUCUCUGCUUGAAGGAGAUUCAACAGCAGAGAGCUGCACAGAAACUUGCUUUUGCCUUCAACCAAAUGAAACCAAAGACCAUUCCCUACUCUCCAAGGUUCCUGGAAGUGUUCCUUCUGUAUUGUCAUUCAGCAAGCCAGUGGUUUGCGAUUGAAGAAUGCAUGAGUGGUGAGUUCCGCAAAUUUAAUCACAACAGUGGUGAUGAGAUCCGUCCAAACAACAUGCUGGAGGAGACCAUGCUUGCCUUUAGUCACUGGACUUAUGAAUAUACUAGAGGUGAACUAUUGGUUCUGGACUUACAGGGUGUUGGGGAGAACCUAACUGAUCCUUCAGUAAUAAAGUCUGAGGAGAAGCAGUCACAUGACAUGGUAUUUGGACCUGCCAAUUUAGGAGAAGAUGCAGUUAAAAAUUUUCGAUCAAGACACCAUUGUAAUUCCUGCUGUGGGAGACUGAAGCUUCCUGAUAUAAAACGGAAUGAUUAUACCCCAGACAAAGUGGCGGUGCCUCACGAUGAUGUAGAAGUUGCAAUCCAGGCUGGCAGUGGUACCAAAGAUAUACGGAACUCGAUACGUUUAAUGAUUUAGCCACAGAAUGGUACGAAGACUAUCUCUCCACGGCAGAAACUUGAAAUUGCCUGAAGUCGCCUUUGCCACUCCGUAAGAGGAAUCGCAGAGUUUGUGCAAAAGGCUUCCUAAAUCCAAUCAUGAACAAUUUUUUGAAACAAGCAAAGGGUAAAGAAUGGUGGGACUUUCCAAAAUCUCAUCAGAUGCAGUGUCAGUGCCCUCAAAAUGUAACUGGUUAUUUUAUUGUUGUGAAAUACUACACUAGAGCAAGCAACAGUGCUGUUAAUGAACUGAAAUGAUCUGUUAGCAGAAAAUGCUAUUCUCUGCAGAGCAAUCCACGUUGGAAGCAAACAGAAUUGGUGUAAAGGUUUUAAACAAAGAUAAACGUCCAGUUUUAAAUCUUCGCAUUUUAACCAUUUUAAUCAAUUUAUUAAAUAAAGCCAUUUAAAUUGGUACAAGCUUAACUGUACCAAGAUGCAAAUAAUAUUUAAACUACAAAUUACCUAGAAGAGAAAAUCCUCUAAAAUGUGAAGUCAAAUUUAGUCUGACAAAAUCUGUCAGGUUUUAAUGAGUCUAUCAACUACACUAACACAAUGCAAGAAUUGUUUAGUCAGCACAGUUAAAAGAAUGUUCUGGUAAUCUGAUUUUAAUGAAUUUCAGGUGUAUAGACGCCUUGGUGUAAUGCUAGAAUUUGUGGUACAUGCAGAUUGAAUUUAAAAGGAAGUAUUGAAAUCCUUGUACAUAUGGUAAUGGGCAGAAUGCAAUCUAUCUUUAUGCAAAUAAUGAGACCUGAAUUGGUUGAAUUGUCAGCACGAUGAAGCCACAUAUCUACCGUAAAAUAUUUAUGUAAGUGGUAGCAUUGUGGCAUCUUUUCUAUGUUACAAAGAGGUACUAUUGUCAUUUUUAAAACAAGGGUGUUUAUAUGAAGAGCUGUAUAAUUUUUAAUCUAAUAGAUGUAUCUUAUAGAUACUGUAUGUAAGGCACGAACACAACAGUGGUUUUAGAGGUUGAACAGUAAAAGCAAAGAACUAAUGGGAUCAUUGCUGCAGAAAUUUUGUACAUCAUUUAAUCUAAUAAAAGA